AUGGCAUCUUUGGAGCUGCCCUCGAAGUCUGCGAGCCUCCUGCAGCUGGCCGUGGAUGACCCGCGCACUGCUUUCGGCGCCUGGAUGUCGGUGCACGGCAAAGAUUACGGCAAGAACUAUAUCAUGGACCUAAACGAGUUCGCCGACCUGACCUGGAAGGAGUUCUCAGCCACCCACCUCGGCUUCAACGGCGCCGCCAGCAAGGCCGCGCGCGCGCAGCGGCUCGGCAGGGCGCCGUUCCGCCACGCCAACGUGGAGGCCAAGGAGCGGGUCGAUUGGCGUGAGGAGGGCGCAGUGACGGAGGUCAAGAACCAGGGCGCGUGCGGAUCGUGCUGGGCGUUCUCGGCCACGGGCGCCGUGGAGGGCAUCAACGCCAUCAAGACCGGCAAGCUCGUCUCCCUCAGCGAGCAGGAGCUGGUAGACUGCGACAGCACCACGGGCAACGCGGGCUGCGGCGGAGGACUGAUGGACUACGCGUUUGAAUGGAUCAAGACCAACGGCGGCCUUGACACCGAGGGCGACUACGGCUACUGGAGCGGCUGGGGCUUUGGCACUUGGUGCAACAAGCGCAAGCUCCACGACCGCACCGUCGUCACCAUUGACGGCUAUGAGGAUGUGCCCGCCGACGACGAGGACGCCCUGCGCAAGGCGGUGACGAUGCAGCCCGUGGCUGUGGGCAUCUGCGCCAGCUCGUCCAUGCAGUUCUACAAGGGUGGCGUCAUCGACAAGUGCUGUGACGAGCUCAACCACGGCGUCCUGGCCGUCGGCUACGGCAAGGACGAGGCCACGGGGGAGCCCUACUGGCUCGUCAAGAACUCCUGGAGCAGCACCUGGGGCGAGGCCGGGUUCUUCCGCCUCAAGCAGGGCGUCGGCAAGGGCGGCCUGUGCGGGAUUGCCACCACCGCCUCCUACCCGGUGAAGAAUCACGCCAACCCCAAGGUGCCGUCCAUGUGCGACGCCUUUGGCUGGCAGGAGUGCCCCUACGGCGCCACCUGCUCCUGCCGCUGGCCCUUCUUCUUCAACCUGUUCUGCAUCCGCCACGACUGCUGCCCCGUCGAGAACGGCGUGGGAUGCGCCGACAACGAGCACUGCUGCCCUGGCGAGCAGCCCGUGUGCGACACGGCCCAGGGCCUGUGCUACAGCGAGGACGGCAAGACCAGCAGUACCUGGAUCUCAAAGAGCCCGGCCAAGGCGGCUGCCACCAACGAGGAGAUCCUGGCGGCGGCCGCGGCGGAGGACACCGCGCGCCGCGGCAUGGUCCGCCGCGACGGCGCCGGCCACAUGAAGCCCCAGGGCUUGGCGGGUUCCAGGGUCGAGCAGUUCUGA